ACGGAGAAUAACAAUAACAGGAGCCGACAACAGCAGCAUAGGCAUACCCAGCAGAAUUCGAAGACUAGUUCGAAAAGGCCGAGCGGGGGCGCAAUCCCCUGCGGCAAAAGAACAGAUUUUGGGUACGACAAGGAUUUCAAUUCGAGGUACACCAUUGGCAAAUUGCUAGGGCACGGCCAAUUUGGUUAUACCUAUGUUGCUGUCGACAAGUUCAAUGGGGAUCGCGUUGCUGUCAAGAGAAUUGAGAAGAACAAGAUGGUUCUUCCGAUUGCUGUUGAGGAUGUGAAGAGGGAAGUCAGGAUAUUAAAAGCUUUAGCUGGUCACGAGAACGUCGUUCAGUUCUAUAAUGCUUUCGAAGACGAUUCUUAUGUAUAUAUUGCCAUGGAGUUAUGCGAAGGUGGAGAACUACUUGACCGUAUAUUAUCAAAAAAGGAUAGCCGUUACACAGAGAAAGAUGCAGCAAUUGUUGUGAGGCAGAUGCUGAAAGUUGCAGCCGAGUGCCAUUUACAUGGUUUAGUACACCGUGAUAUGAAACCCGAGAACUUUUUAUUCAAGUCGCCAAAAGACGAUUCGUCACUGAAAGCUACAGAUUUUGGUCUCUCAGAUUUCAUAAGACCAGGUAAAAAAUUCCAAGAUAUUGUUGGGAGUGCAUAUUAUGUUGCUCCGGAGGUAUUGAAGCGUAAAUCAGGGCCAGAAUCAGAUGUGUGGAGCAUUGGUGUAAUUACUUACAUUUUGCUAUGUGGACGGCGCCCUUUUUGGGACAAAACCGAGGACGGCAUAUUUAAGGAGGUUCUUAGAAACAAACCCGACUUUAGGCGGAAACCAUGGCCAGGGAUAAGCAAUGCUGCUAAAGAUUUUGUGAAGAAGAUACUUGUCAAAGAUCCUCGUGCUAGACUCACUGCAGCCCAGGCCUUAUCACAUCCAUGGGUACGAGAAGGAGGUGAAGCGUCAGAUAUACCACUCGACAUUUCUGUUCUAUCUAAUAUGCGGCAAUUCGUUAAAUACAGCCGUUUUAAACAGUUUGCACUUCGGGCAUUGGCUAGCACACUCGAUGACGAAGAACUGGCUGAUAUUCGAGACCAGUUUGAUGCAAUUGACGUCGAUAAAAACGGUUCCAUUAGUCUCGAAGAAAUGAGACAGGCCCUGGAGAAGGAUAUUCCGUGGAAAAUCAAAGACUCGCGCGUUCAUGAAAUUCUUCAAGCGAUAGAUAGCAAUACCGACGGACUUGUCGAUUUCCCAGAGUUUGUUGCAGCUACACUUCACGUCCAUCAAUUGCAAGAACACAGUUCGGAAAAAUGGCAUCAAAGAUCGCAGGCCGCUUUUGAAAAAUUUGAUUUCGAUAAAGAUGGAUUUAUUACGCCUGAUGAACUCAAAAUGCACACGUGUCUAAAGGGUUCGAUAGAGCCGUUAUUAGAGGAAGCAGAUAUCGACAAAGACGGGAAGAUUAGCUUAUCGGAAUUCCGCAGACUUUUAAGAACUGCGAGUUUGAGUUCGAGAGGAGGUGUGGGUACCUAAUUAAGGGAGUUGAAAAGGGGGAAUCUUCAUCUGCAAAAAGAAUCUUUUUGUCCAUACUUACAAAAUGUAAAUUGUAGACGUAAUUAUUAUGAUUAUGUUUCCCGAUUAUUACUUGUGUAAACAAACACGUUGCCUCUUGUCUUGUUUGGGUUUGAGUUUGACGAUGCAUGUCGGAUCAUAUGUGCUUUCUAUCUUAUUACAUUUUCUUAUGUGUGAGGUAAUAUUAAUAUAUAUAAGACAA